AGUGGCAUGACUGUCAAAUGUCAGAAGAUUUGACAUUUUCAGGUUGGCACCACAGUUUCAAUGGUACACUUUGUACGUAUUGAAAUUGUCAGUUGAACCGCUAAACACCAAUAACUGUAACAAUUUCAACUAAACAUCUUAUUGGAACCAAAUUUUAGCAUUUUUAUUUAGCAUCUCGCAUUGAAACACUGUUUUAUCAUUGACCCCUGUUUGCAGUACAUGUUCAUUGAAGUUUUUUUUUUGAAUUGAUUUUUGUUUAUUCGUGAAUCGUCGUCGUCAUUCAAUCAAUUUUUAAAUAUUGAUCUGAAAAAAAAAUUGUAUUUUAUCCACGUGCCAAAUUCAAUGUAGAAUGCCGAAAUGUCGGCUGUCAUUUUGUAUAUAGUUCAGAGGGUCAUUUUCCCGAUUUUGUUCACAUUUUGUAUUGUCUCUCGACCAACCAUUUUGUCAAUACCAUAUUUGCUGUUUUUGUUCUAUGCACCGUAUUUGCCAUUUUCAACCAAGAAGCCGGCUCACAGUCACACCAGAUGGUUUUUCAAGUGCGUCAUCGGCAAAUCGGCCAUCAUUGUGUUGGUGCAAAUUGGUUUGCAACUCACACUGUACGCAAAGGAUCAGAAUUCAUUGCGCUCAUUGGUAUUUUUUGGUCAGCAUCUCCACAACAUCGGCGUGACGGAGCUGUACAACGCAGACACCCAAUCGUUCUGUUGGAGCUUCUUGAUUGAUGUGUUCUUGUGCAUGGCAGGUGUCAUUGCAUUGAUCGUUUACAAUAAAAUCUCAACGAUGCGCCGAAGCAGCAGCAUUGAAGAUUCACUCAUCAUCAACAACAUUUUUGGCCGAAACAAGUACCUGAAAUCAAAAAGCUAUGCCAUUUUGAAGGGAAUAGGGAUAUUCUUUGUGAUGUCAACAUUGUUAUUCUCGUCCAUACUACAGCCAUCGAUACCGAGUUCAUUGUAUUUCGUGGCAUUUGUGCUGCUAACCACAUUUUGGGCUAUGAACAAAUCAGUCUAUCAUAGUUUCGUCAUAAUCUGUCGUAUACUUUGUAUCGUUUUGAUCGUGCAUCUCAGCACAAUAUUUGCAUUUCAAUCGGCUUGGAUUGAGAAACAUAUCAAUAGGAAUAGCAUAGCUUUUCGGUACUUUGGGCUGAAGUCACUCAUCAGACCGGUUCAAAAUAACUUUGUUCCUGUCAUUGUACUCAAUGAAGUAGAUGCACUCUUAAGUCCAAUCGCACUGUUGCUAUGUUACUACAGUUCAGUCAUUUUUCUCCAAGAUAUCCACAAAAAGAAGGAGAAACUUUCAUGUUUAUAUCGAUUGGCUGAUAAUCCACCCAAAUCCAUUGAAGAAGAGCCAGAACUCUCAAGAAUACCCAAUUUGACGAAAUCGUUCAUAAGCCGAGUCUAUGGAUUCAUGUGCCGGCACAACAACAUUGGAUCAAAUUUGAUGAUGAUGUUAUGGAGCAUAGUGUUCCGGAGCUAUUUAUCGAUAGUGUUUCUAUUCGUGGUGAGCGUUCUGUGGACGUUACCAAUUGCACGAAAAUCCGUACUUCUUAUCAAUUUGUUCGUCGUAUUCUAUGCCGAUUUAUUGUUAGUUUGCCAAUAUUUUUAUUGCAUAAUUCUAACGGCAGACGAGCUGCCGUUUAGCGACCAGGCCACAUUUUCAAUGUUGGCCCAAAUCGGUGUCGUUCGAUACGAAAUAUUCCCAUGCGUGCCGCUGUUGUUCAAAGCAAUUUGCACAAUAACAUUCUGUUUCACACUGCGUCGAGAGCACGUUGCGUCAAGAGACGCGGAGCAAAAAAGAGCAUCGGCCCGUUAUUCAUUCCAGAUUAGUUCUGAAAAGAAAGACACGAUUUGGAAGUGUUUCGACUUUGGUGUAAAUGGUUUGUCGCAAAUUUGGGUGCUAAUGAUUUUGGUCACAAUGUUCAUUUACGCAAUCUACGGCUAUGAAGUGAAUUUCAUGAAAUUGAGUUACAUGAUCUACGUUCUGGUCUUUGUCAUAUCGUAUCAAUUGUCAUUAUGCGCCUGGAGACGAAUGACUUAUGCACUGUGGAUGCUAGUGAUCAUUUCAUCGAUGGUCAAUUUGAUGCUGAUCUACACAUACCAGUUUGAAAAGUUUGAACUGUGGGAAAACUAUUUGGGCAUCAAUAAGCAUAUGCAAAACAUCAUUGGUCUUCGUCGAUAUGAAACCAAAGAUCUACUCAUUCAACUAAUUUACUUCACAUUUUUGGUCGUGAUCACUGCCAUUCAACUGUUGAUAUUCCAUGACAAAUACACACAACAAUUUGUAUGGAAGAAGACAGACUCAUGCAAUAACGUCAGGAAACAGAGAGCUGCUGAUGGACAGAACGGCGCCGAAAAUGCUGAACCUUCCGAUAAAUCCUAUCUGGAGAAGGUCAUUCUAGGCAUUAGCUCAGUCGUCGAUAUGAACACGAAAGCCAUGGGUUGGAUGUGUCGCUUCUUAGAGCUCCAAUUAUUUAAAGUGAUUUUGAUCUUGGGAUUUAUCAUGAGCAUUAGCGAGAUUUCAUCGUUUAACCUGCUGCUAAAUGUUCUGGUGAUUUUAGCAUGUUUGUGUGAGAAUUAUACCACAAGAUUGAGCUGCGGAAUCAUCUCAUUAGUUGCUGGUGUUAUUGUUAUUUUGAAAAUGCUGUAUCAGCUAUUCAAAGUUCCACAAGAAUUUCUCGAUUUGUUUUGUUUCACCGAUGCAAAUACAAACAUACCUAUAGUAUCGCUAACAAUGUGUGAUACGAAUAAUACGGCUCAAUGGAUAGGCAUUCAAAAGCUGAAUAAUGAGGAGAAUCUGCUUCAGUUCCUCGGACCGUAUUUGAUAUUUCUGGCCGCAUCAACGGUAUUCACAUCCAUUUUGUACCAUCAAAAACGGAAACGAUUCCAAAGAGGCGACCCAUCAAAAAAGCCGAAGGUUCUGUUUGAGAAUGUAACACGCGAGGAUGCAGACAAGAGUGUCAGCCUUCUGAUCAAAUACCUAUUCAAUUAUGGAUUUUACAAAUUUGGCAUCGAAUCGACGCUCAUAAUGCUGGUCUCGUUGAUUAGCUUCCGAAAAGAUACCAUGUCAAUUGUGUACAUUAUUUGGCUAUGUGCAAUUUGCGGAGUGCGACGCAGAACAAAACAGUUCAUUUGGCCGAUAUUUCAGUAUUUUGUAACGAUAGCAACCAUCGUACAGUAUGGAAUCAUGCUCAACUUGCCAUCGUUUUUGUAUUCAAAUUUUCAAUGGGAAUUUCAUCUAAUACAGCGCUUAGAAGCGUUUGUUUCAAUAAAAAAUCAUCCGUCGAAGCUAUUGUGCGACUUUCUUUUGUUGAUGUGUAUUUGUCGUCAGCAAAACGUUUUCCGCAUCGAAAGAAAGAACGGAAGUCGAAAGUAUCCAGGAGGAAGCAACGAAUCAUCAGUGGAUGAUGUUGGCAAUAUCAUCGCUGGCCAACUUCCAAUAAAAACGCACGAUUUUCUGUACCCGACGAAUUGGCUUGACAUUUUGAAAUGCGUCCUGUACUUCAGCUCAUUUUGGGUCACGCUGUCAGUUGUUUUGCUAACUGGUACGAACAACAUCAGCGUCUUCUCGCUCGGAUAUUUGGUUUCAUCAUUUCUAUUCUGUUACAUCGGAACAAAUUUCUACAUGAAGCCAAUUCGAACGAUUUUGCGAUGGUGGAAUACGCUGAUUGUAUUCAAUGUCUUUGUUAUCAUAGUCAAGUCGGUGAUAAACUUGCGGCUUAUAAUCGAUGGAACAUUUCUGUCGCAUCAAAUGGUUGCAUCAGUGCAUGAAUUUUUGAAUGAGGAAAAGCAAUCGAUUAAGCCGUUGGAUUCGAGCUACGAUUGCCUAUGCUUUGCAUUUCUCAUAUUUCAACUCCGCAUUUUCAAAAGCUUCGACUUUUGCCACAUCAUCAACGAAAGCAAAGCAACAUUUGUUUGCGAUUCGAGAGGAACCAAACUAUUGGCCGAUCGUAUGCAUGAAAUGCACUCCACUCAAAUGGAGCGGGAAAGAGAAACGCUGGAGAAAAUAAAACAGAAAGUAGAACGCAUAAAGGUCAACCAACAGAAGUUUGAGCCAAACCUCAUACCAGCGAAAACUCAUCACGAAGCCGUUCGAUACAAUGGAAAGUAUUUGUACGAGGAAUUAGUCGAAAAGAGCGAAUUCAAUCCACGGCAAAAUGAAUCUAGCGUCGAGAGUGAAGAAUCAUUUCUGCUUCGGAAUCACAGUCGUUUCGAAUGUACUAUGAAGGAUUCGAAUACGUCAAAUCGAAACGGAAGCCGCUUCAUAGCAAACGAAUCAAAAGCAGAAAACGAUGAUCGUGUAUCACAAAAUAACUACGUUAUAUCAAUCUUGCGCGAUUUACUGAUCUCGAUUACGCUGUAUUUGUACAAAUUUUCACGGAACUAUCGCUUUGUUCAUGAGAUUCUAACCAAGGAGAAAAAACUGUUGAAGCUUAAAGCGUGUGGUUUCAGCUCAGAAACCAAUUUUUGCAGUGACCAAGAAGGAAUGUCUGAAGAACGAACCUACUUUUUCUCGCAUCAACACUCGAUUGUGUCAGAGUUUUGCCAAGCAUUGUGGUUUGCAUUAAUUGCCAACACCGAUGUCAUCUGCUAUUUGUUUAUUUUCUUAAACACAAUAUUAUCGAUGAGCAUUCUCACACUGCCCAUGUCAUUGUGUGUCUGUCUCUGGGCAACUUUAACCAUUCCACGACCAUCGAAACGCUUUUGGCUCACAGUUAUUGCUUACACCGAGUUCCAGGUCUUUGUACAGUAUUUCCUGCAGAUAAUGUCGCAUUUCCACAAGAUUGAAUUCGCCAGAGCGAGUGCCACAUAUAACCUGAUUUUGUUGCACAUUGUGCUAUUUCAUAGAUCUGUGCUGAAGCACAUGGGGAUUUGGACGUUAACAAAGAAAGUGAACGAGAAUGCUGUGCAUGCGUUGGACUUUCUAAAUGUGCGGUCGUUAAAUUCAACAAUUCGAUGCAAUUCGAUCGUACAAAUGCCAGCUGAUGUGUACACAUUUAUGUUUUUGUGUGAUUUAUUCAAUUUCUUUGUGCUAAUGUUUGGAUUUUCGGCGUUCAGUCAAUCGCCGUACGAUGCCGGUGUUCAGAACUAUUUGGAAGAGGAUCAAAUUCCAUUUCGAUUUCUAUUAACAUUGUUGGUUCAAUUUGUGUUGUUGAUCAUCGAUCGAGCGUUGUACCUGCGGCGAAAUAUGAAGGGAAAAAUUGUUUUUUAUGUGAUCUCGGUGAUAGCCGUUCACAUAUGGCAAUGUCAUUUCAUGCUUGUGUAUUGCGAGAAGCGAUCACACUCGAUCACAUGGCCGCCUAUGCUAUUCUACUACGUCAAAUGCGUUUACUUCCUUCUGUCGGCCUAUCAAAUUCGAUGCGGCUAUCCGAAGCGAGUCUCUGGCAAUUUUGCCAACAAUGGAUUCUCUUUAAUGCACUGGCGAGUGUUUGAAUCUUAUCAAAUGAUACCAUUUUUAUCGGAAGCUCGAACAUUGCUCGAUUGGAUUUGUAUCAAAACAUCGCUCACGCUGUACGAAUGGUUCAAAAUGGAAGACAUUUACUCAGAUCUGUUUACGAUCAAGUGCCAUCGACAAUAUGAAAAAACAGUGCCGCGACCGCGUGGAGUGGUUCGAGGAACAAAGGGCGACUAUAUGAGAGCAGCCGCUUCACUGAUCAUAUUCUUCUGUCUGAUCUGGGGCCCAUGGGCACUGUUCACAUUCGAUCACACCGUUGGCAAGUCAAAUAUUCCAUACGAAGUGAGUGUCUCACUGCAUGUUGGAUCAGCUGAGCCGUUGUAUCGGAUGACGGCACAAACAAGGAAUAUAAACCAAUUCAGCGAAAGUGAUUUUGAUGCGUUAAAAGGCAUUUACGCAAACAACACUGCCGUUCAGUCCAUCAUUUCGAAAUAUGACGAAGAUGACAUUGCAGCCAUUUCAUUGGAUGUUAACUCAAGUUCAUUGUGGCUCAUGUCACCGCCGAGUCUUCAAAAGCUCAAACGUUAUCUUCGCGAGAAUGUUACAAUGAAAUUUCGUUAUUCGAUUUCAAUAUCGAGAUUAUCUCACGAGAAAUCGGACGUGGUCGAAGACAAUCAUGUCUUUGUUAUGCACGAAAAUGAUGCGGCCAGACAGGAAUUGAUUAGAAUCAUUCAGGAAGGUGACCAUAAUCAACGUGUUCACUUGCCCUUUCUGUUUCCGAAGUUUUUGAAGGUAAUGAAUGCAAAAGGUUUGCAGCCGAUUCCACAACUACAAGCCAAUCGCAACUAUCAAAAUGUUACGCUACGUCUGAAUGAGGACAAUGCAAUGCAAUGGUGGGAAUUAGCGGAGGAUUGCAACGAAACUUACUACCAAGAGGUAUUAUCGAAACUCCCAUACGCAGAUUGCUCGGAUAACACCGUGAUGUACACAUUCAACGACAAGCUAUACCCAUCAUCGCUGAGUCCUUACAUCGCCGGCGGAAUCAUUGGGCUUUACUCGACCUACCUACUGUUCUCAUCGAAAUUCUUUCGGCAAUGUUUAGCGAGCAAAGUAACGGAUAUCAUUCAGAAAGAUUUGCCGUACGUUGAUCGAAUAUUACAGCUGUGCUCAGAUAUCUAUUUGGUUCGAGAACAAGGCGAUUUCAAAUUGGAAGAAGAUUUGUACGGUAAACUCAUAUUCCUGUAUCGAUCGCCAGAGACGAUGAUACGAUGGACUCGAUUGCCAGAGCAAGAGACUACCGUAGAUGAUACCAGUGAUAUUGAUGAAUCCGAUGCGGAAAAAGCGCUACGCAAAUCACUUCAUCAUCGAAUCAUUUGAGUAGAUUUUGUUCUGUAAAAAUAUGUGAUUAAUUCGUUAAAUGCCGCCACUUUACCGUGUCAUUUUCAAUACACUUUGUCAUGUUUUUAUUGGUGAUAUAUUUUCAAGAAAAACGGGGUUUUUGCCAGAUAAAUAAAGAAAAUAUGUAUUCAUGGAAAA